UGUAACUUUCUUUAAAUCCACAGUGGGAUGAAGGCCAACUGAAGUUAUUGGCUGAAGGGGAGUGAAAAUGAUGUGAAAGUUGGCUGAGCACACGCUGCUGAGAUGACUUACUUGAAGUAGAAGGUCAGCUGCAAGGAGGUGUCCACUUCCAUCCCCUAUGGAGGAGAUGCAGUCACAUUUUCCCCCCCCCCUCAUAAUCUCAACGUGAAUGGAUCAUUUUAGAGCACCUCAGAUGGAAUGGGUUCAUUUAUUUUAGUCCGGAAAGUCUCUUGUUUUAUUGACACACACAUUGCUACAGUAAUAUUAGUUGUGCUUCGCAGAGGAUAAAGAAUAUAUGCCGGUGAGCAUCACUGUAUUAUCUCCAUUGUCUCCGUGUCUUGCUUCACUGUUUUGUGUCCAAAUAUACGUUGCUGAAAGGGUUACAACACAGAGGCAACGGUGCUAUUUAUUAGCGUGUGCUAUUCAUUAGCGCGUCUCUGUGAAUGUGCAUUGUUUAAGCGAGCAGACAAUGUUUAGGUAUAUGUUGAUAUUGUAAAUGGUUUUCUUUGUACUGCAGAUUGGAAAUAAGAAAAAAAAAAUCAAUAAAGCGAAGUUAGACUUUUUGAGUGGCUCAGGUGUACCUCAUGUGGCAUCUAAAUAUCAAAUUCCGUCACUUUUUGAGCUAUCACAGCGCCUCCUGUGCGUGACAGGGAGAAACCGAUGGCAUUUAUUUUAUUUUUUUUCAGCAUUUUUACCAAAGCGGGCGUGGCUGCCAUGUCUGCCUGAGGCAGCGGGCGGAAAAGGGGGGGGGGGGGGGGGGGUCUCGCUCUGCAGCCGGGGUCCGCCCGGGGGGGUGGCUUGUGGAUGCUGCAUUGAUGGAUGAAGAGUGACAGAUCGGGGUUAGCCGCCAGGGGAGUCCAUUUUCUUUGCAAUGCGCGCUGAGAUACAGCAAGAAGAGAGGAAGGCGUGAAGAGAAGAGAACCCCUCCUCCUCCUCUUCCUCACUCUCUCUCUCUCACCCCCCCUCGCUCUCCACUCCGGUGCAUCAGUGAGCUUCAGGCGGCUCCACGCCGCAUUGCCGCCGCUCCAUCCCACUCAAGUCACACACGGGGACGAAAACAGUGGACGCUGGAUAUCCAUGGAUAUGCAACACAUUCCCUCCUCUUCCUUCCGAUGAGAAGGCGCUCUCCCGCCCACACCGCCCCGGUGGAUGAUGAACGCAGAUGCGGCGCGGCCACACGUUUGGAUGGAACCCACAAGUUUUGCACCCUCAUGAAUGCGACGAUUUAUUUGUGUAUUUCUUGACCGAAACGGCGAUUCUCCCGCACUGUCUCCAACAUGGCUGUUGACUGAACGGAAGCGCGGCGGAGUACAUGAAGGUGCACGAUCUGGAUUUCCGAGUCCGCAAUCCCCCCGCACGAUGCAGAUCCUCUCACCCGGGAUGUUAUUUGUUUUAUUCCUCCUCCGUGCGCAUGUGUGUUUAUCCACGAGAAACAUCGGGCACGUAAAAGUGGACAGGAGCCCGCACCUUGCGAGGACUUCCAGCGGGUCACCCCGGGACAUUCGGGAAAAUAAAACCAGAGACCGUGCCACAGGUGAGUCCUCGGUGGAGUCUCGGGCAAUCGUACGGGGGACCUUUAACUCCGUCGCGGGAGAAGCGAGGAGCUUCGCACGCAACGAGCGCGACUCGAAUAGGACGGUGACAUCCAUGGAGGAUGCGGUCUCACACUGGGACCCGCCGCGACACCGUAGUAAGAAGAUAAAGUUGAAUGGCGGGCUGAGUGGCGCGGGCACGCCGGCAGGUGGACGCCACAAUGCGCCUAAGCCCUCCUCAAUGCGAGGAGGGGGGCCCACGGAGGGAGAUCGACACAGGAGGGGCACAAAAGAGGAGAAAGCUUGGAAGAGGGGGAAAAACCGCCUGAACAAAAGCUCCGGGGCUCUGGCUCAGCCUCACGCGUUGCCGUGGGAACCCAUCCCCAAGCCGGUGGCCCUCACGGCCACCGACGCGCCCUUUGACCUCUUCACCAGGAGGCCCGAGCUCUUUACCUUCCGGGAGGAGAACCCCUGGGACGCCACGCCGAUCACGCCGCCCGGCUCGCAGGACUUCGGCGACGAGAUCAAGAACCCGUUCUACCCGGUGACCAGCGAGACGUACGGCGCUUACGCCAUCACCUGCGUCUCCGGGGCGAUUUUCCUGGUUGGCAUCGCGGGCAACGUCGCCAUCUUGUGCAUCGUGUGCCAGAACUACUACAUGAAGAGCAUCUCCAAUUCGCUGCUGGCGAACUUGGCCGUGUGGGAUUUUGUGCUCAUCUUGUUCUGCCUGCCCAUGGUGGUCUUCCAUGAGUUGACCAAGUCCUGGCUGCUGGGGGAGGUCACCUGCAGAGUGGUGCCCUAUAUGGAGGUGGCCUCACUGGGCGUGACCACCUUUACCCUUUGCGCGCUGUGCAUCGACCGCUUCCGGGCGGCCACCAACGUGCAGAUGUACUACGAGAUGAUCGAAAACUGCACGUCCACCACCGCCAAGUUGGCCGUCAUCUGGAUCGGUGCGCUCCUGCUGGCGCUGCCCGAGCUGCUCAUCCGUCAACUGGUGGUGGAAGACGCCGAAAUCCCCGACGAGCCUCCCGUGGACCGCACGCCAUCCUCCACCACGGCCAGUGACGAUAACGAACACGAGUGCACCACCGAGCUGGAGCUGUCGCCGUUCAGCACCAUUCGCCGGGAGCUGAGUAACUACACGCCGGCCGGAUCUCACUGCUGAGCUGAAGAUCCCGUUUGCCUUGGCCAGUCCCGAUGAUGGAGGGCACGGUUAGGCCUCCCGUUUCUCAUUCGGUCCGCUAAGUGGAAGCGGUCAUCAUUUGCAGCCCCGAUGGAAAAAUGUCAGCCGUCACACGCCAAUACAAAAUGAAAAGCAUGGAGAAGAUGCAAACUGA